AUGUCAUCCGCUUCCGUAGAUACCAAGUCCGUGGCAGGGUCGAGCCAAUCGAUCGAGAAGCGCAAGGUGGAUCCCAAUGUGCUCGCAGCCAUCCAGCGUGCGACGCCGCCCAAGAUCAAGCAUUUGCGACCCAUGCUGCGUCUCAUCCUGUUCCAGCUCUACUUCUUCCCGACGUCGUUCAUCGCCAUUCCGCUGUACAUGCUUCGAUGCAUCAUCCCGUACUUCCGUCUCAACAAGAACUGGAGCUUCAUCUCGGCCGUGUACAUCCUCGUCGUACGCCGUGUGAUGCGUAAUCUCAUCCGCUUCGGCGUCCAACCCAUUGUGCCACGCAAGGGAGGUCUUCGAGACCGCAAUACCCUCGUCGCUACCAUCGUCGGCUGCCUCAACCUCUCGGGACCUGGCGGCUCGGUGGUGCUCGCUAAGGAGAACGUCAAGGCGCUCAAGCUCAACGCUACGCACGGCCGACCCGACAAGGUGUGGAUCCCACCUGCGGGACCCGAGUACCUCGACGGCAUCCUCGCCGUCAAGACGGGUCCCAGCGACCGACGCCGAAUUGUCACGGACGACUACACGGGUCCACCCUUGCUGGAAGCAAAGUGGCUCAAGUGGAGCGUUCGUGCGCUUUGGUUCACACACAAGCCCCAUGUGGUGCCGUCACAGCUUGGCGCGAAGAACAAGCCCAACCGACCCGUGAUCUGCUACUUCCACGGAGGUGCUGGUGUCACAUUCAACGCCGGUGAUCUGCACAUGGGUCAGAACCUGGCCAAAAACUUCGCGCGAACGGCCGGCGUCGACAUCUUCUCGGUCGACUACAACCUGGCACCGUUCGCCCCCUCGCCUGUACAGCUGUACCAGGCCUUGUCGGCGUAUCUGCACCUGCUCAACGACUUUGGCUACUCUCCGGAUCAGAUCUACAUUGGCGGCGACAGUCACGGCUCGUGGAUGACGCUGCAGCUCGAGCGCUACCUUCGCUCGUACAAGCAUUUGCUGUUUGCCGAUCCCGACAACUUCAAGAUCCCCGGUCUGGUGCUGCUCUCGCCCUGGAUCGCACCGCAAGACCUGUCAUUCAAGAGCCGAGAGGCCAACGUGGGGACCGACAUCAUUGACCUCUCGUAUGAGAGCUGGGGAGUGGCGGCGCAGGGCCUGCACAAGCUUCCUUACCCCAUCACGGACCCGUGGAACACGCACUCGAACAAGACGCCAGCCGAAUUGGCUGCGAUGCCACCAUGCUUCAUUGCCAACGGAGGCGGCGAAACCCUGUUGGACGAAGGUCAGCACUUUGCCAACCUGCUGCGCAAGGCCAAGAACCUACCCACGUCGACUUCAAACCAGAGAGUCGUGCUGAGCCCUGGCGAGCUCAACUGCAAGGUGGUUCACCACGUCUACCCACACCAGGUGCACGACUACUUUACCGUCGACACCGAGAUCUCCAAGGCGGUCAAGGUGUACAAGCAGAUUGGCACGUGGAUCAAGUUCACGCGCACUCUGCUCUGA